AUGACUAGAAAGAAAGUGAAGCUUGCUUUUAUUGAAAAUAACACUGACAGGAAAACCUCAUACAAGAAAAGACAGAAAGGGUUCUUGAAAAAGGCUGAAGAACUCAGCAACCUUUGUGAUGUUGAGACUGCUAUCGUCGUCUAUAGUCCUUACCACAAUGAACCUAUUGUGUUUCCAAGUCAUGUUGCUGUUAUCAAUACCUUUACAAAGUUAAGGGAGCUGCCGGAGUUGGAGCAAUUAAAACACAUGGAGACACUAGAAGAGUUCACCAAGAAAAGGACUACGAAGUUGGAGGAACAACUGCGGAAGGGUAGCUUAUCCAGCCCACAAGCACAAGCUGUCAAGCUCCCCACCAAGAUUGAGCAUAUAUUCACACAUCAAGUGUUGGCAGUAGGGACUCAACCCGAGAUCUCCACUUGGCGAUCCGCUACGGGAGUAGCAGUUCUAGUGACCUUUGAGGCCAUACUAGUCCGCAUAAACAAAAAGCUUCCUAUUCCCAGUUUAUGGAGGAGCCAAUAUUCAGUCUCUGGUGAGUACAUUAGACUGCAUAGUGGAACUUCCAACUAUAUAUUUGGAACUUCCUCGGUGCUAAAUACUAAAGCACAUCCAUGUAGCAGGGAGUUGUGUAUAAGAUGGGUGGAAUACUAG